AUGCGCCUCCCAUACGUUCCCGACCCCCCACCAACUAGCACCCUCGAAGAAGCCAGAAUCCUCUCCAGCGUCCAAGCCCGCCGAGCCCCAAACCCGCUCCUCCCCCUCGACCUAGCCCUCCUCCACUCCUUCCCCGUCGCCGACGGCUGGAACUCAUUUAUAGGCGCGAUCCGCACACGAACCACACUCUCCACCGUAAUCCGGGAACUAGCAAUAUGCCGCGUCGCCGUGAUAAACGGCGCAUUAUUCGAGUGGGAGCAGCACGCUCCGUUACUGUCCGAGGGCGGAUUGAGCGACGAGGCAUUAGCGGUUGUGCGGGAUGCGAAGGAGGAAUUCUCGGAUGCGGGUCGGGUUCUGAGUCGCGAGCAGAGGGCUUUGUUGAGGUAUACGGAUGCGAUGACCAGGACGGUUACGGUUCCUGAGGAGGUUUUUCGGGAGUUGAGGGCGUGCUUUGAUGAGAGGGAGGUUGUGGAGAUUACGGCUACUGUUGCGGCUUAUAAUUGUGUUAGUCGGUUUUUGGUUGCGUUGGAUGUUGGGGAGAAGAAUCAUUUACAUUAG